UAACGAUGGUCCGGAUGUUGGUUUGUUUGGCCAUAAUGAUAUACAAAUCACAAGCCUCUAAUAAUUAUUUUCUUACUUUCGCAACCUAGCUUACUGGCAACAAAUCAAACGAGGUUAAUUUUUUUAAGCAGGCUUCAAAUUUAACCUUCCUUCUUCCUCCAAAACGUUAUUUUCUGAUGACAACCUUAAGCUUCUGACAGCGGCAUUGUUAUUUUCGGCCAGGGGAGCGAAGAAGGAAGGUGUUACGAGAGAUUUUAUUAAAAAAAAAAAACAAAUUUACAAUUUGACAGGUUAGGCUAGGCAAGAUGAAUGAUUUAUUUUCCAGUUCGUUUAAAAAGGAGCCGGCCUUUGCGAAUGACAUGGAGGCUGGGACUGGGAGGGAUAAUGGCGAUCUCGAUAAAUUCUUUGAGGAUGUUGAGAAAGUGAAAGAAGACAUGAACGCUGUGGGAAUAAUCUACAAAAGAUUGCAAGAAUCUAAUGCGCAGAGCAAAACAGUUCAUAAUGCCAAGACUAUGAAAGAACUUAGGUCCAAAAUGGAUGCAGAUGUUUCGAAUGUUCUCAAACGUGUUAAAGUUAUAAAGGGAAAGCUUGAAGCUCUUGACAGGUCCAAUGUAGAGAACAGGAAGCUUCCCGGGUGUGGGCCUGGAUCAUCGGCUGACAGGACCCGGACAUCGGUAGUUGGUGGACUCGGGAAGAAACUGAAGACAUUGAUGGAUGACUUUCAAAGCCUGAGGACAAGAAUGAAUGAUGAGUACAAAGAAACAGUUGGGAGAAGAUAUUUCACAAUAACAGGGGAGCAGGCUAAUGAUGAGCUGAUAGAGGACUUGAUAUCAAGCGGAGAAAGUGAAAAUUUCCUUCAAAAAGCAAUUCAGGAACAAGGGCGUGGCCAAAUAAUGGACACUAUUUCAGAAAUUCAAGAACGACACGAUGCUGUGAAGGAUAUUGAGAAGAAUUUGAUGGAACUUCACCAGAUAUUCUUGGACAUGGCAGCAUUAGUUGAGGCACAAGGGCAACAACUGAAUGACAUUGAGUCACAUGUUGCACAUGCGAGUUCAUUCGUUAAAAGGGGGACAGAUAACCUAGUGGAAGCUCGAGAGUAUCAGAAAGACUCAAGGAAGUGGACAUGUUAUGCAGUCAUCCUCGCAAUUGUUCUCAUUAUAGUUGUUCUUUACCCUAUUUGGUCAACGAAGCUGAUUCAAGAGUUAAGUAAAAAGAAGUGA